AUGACUGCUAGCGCAUUUGAGAUUGUUUUUGCCGUUCCAAUGGAAUGUAAUGCCUGUGUUGAUUCAAUUGCCAAUGCAUUAAAACCUUUGCAAGGUAUAGACAAGUUUGACAUCAAUUUGAAAUCCAACCUAGUCACCACAGAAGGUUCAUUACCACCUAGUGAAAUUGCCAAAGCUAUCCAGGCUACAGGAAGAGAUGCAAUUAUCCGUGGUACAGGGAAACCCGAUUCAGCUGCGGUUUGUAUCUUGGAAUCGUUUGACCCCAAGGAUCGUUUGAAGCCCGUUAAAGGAUUAGCAAGAAUAGUCCAAGUGUCCCCUCAAAAUGUUUUUGUUGAUCUUACGGUGAAUGGAUUACCCAAGGGCGUGUACUACCCUUCGAUAAGAUCUUCAGGAAAUUUGUCAGAGGGUGCAUUGUCAACUGGGAAACUGUUUUACACGUUGGAUCCUGUCAACGUCAAUCAGCCUUCGAAUGCCAGUACAACUAUAAACUCUCUCGGUGCAGGUACUUCCGAGGACUCUUCCGAAGAAUUGUAUGCUGGUCAAUCGUUCUUGUAUGCCAAACUAGCACCCAAUGAGAUUAUUGGAAGGAGUAUAAUUUUAUCAAAGUUACAAAACGAGGUGACUAAAGAUUCCCUUGUCGGUGUCAUCGCAAGAUCUGCUGGUGCAUGGGAAAAUGAUAAACAGAUCUGUAGCUGCAGUGGAAAGACUAUAUGGCAAGAGAGAACCGAUGCAAAGGCUCAGGGUGUGGCCGUUUAA